CAGCCUCGGUCACGUGCAGCUGCAAAUGGGGUCAACUUUCGGAUGUAGAACUUCCAGUAGAAGAGGGCCUCGACAAGCUGCACGUUUUUAAUAUUCUCACAGCAGGCGGGAAGUGACCAGGUAUGUCGAGUCUUCUAUUGAUGCACGGGGCAAAGAGGGCGUCAAGAUAAUUUUCAGUCGGUCAUUUAUAAAAUAUGCGCAUGCGUCCCUUGCCUCCGCUCUUCCCAUUUCUUCCUCCCGGGCAUCGUAUCCACGCGUGUGCAGGCAUACGACAGUUCAGCCACUGACCUUAGCACACACUAUAAACUAGAACUAGAAUUUAUUGUGACAACCCCUUUCGCUCAAACCCGCUCUUUACUACUGCCAUACAAAUUUCAAAAGCAGUUUAAAUGGACAACAGUCCCAUGGACAGUAGCCCCAACUCAAGUAGUAUCCCCAACAAGUUAUCCAUCUCGCUCGAUUUCAGCAACGUCGACACCACUGCGGCCACCGAUGACAACCAAUCGUCCAACAUUGUCUCCCCAAAGUCAGCAUUGACCUUCGCAGCGGUAUGGGACCCUGAUGACGGGAUGGUGACAUUUUCCGGAACACGCCUACUCGAUUCAAGCGACGACGAAUAUGAGAGUUCCUCCGGAGCUAGCACCCCUCCUGACGUUUCUGAUGAUGGUUUUUCUCAAGCCGUCAGCACCGAUCACGACGGAUAUACAUCGGAAGAGAACACCACAGCGACGAUUGGAAGUUUCCAAGAUACGUUCAAAGCCUUCCUCCAUCGCGUUCCGCGGAAUUCGAAGUUUUACAAGCAGCACAAGCACUCCUCCAAUACGGUGGCAUCCUCGACGCUGGAUGGACUAGACGUGUACUCGCGAGACCCUAUCCUACGGCCGUCACGCCAGUACCCAUGUUUUGAUAAGCUCCAUGCAGAACCCUCUUCCUUCGAGGCGCAGCCUGCGUUCGCAGACAUCUCUUUGGAGUCAGAUCUUGUGUCAGAUGAGGGGUUCUUCGAAAACAUACCAGUCAUAACAAAACGAACAGAACCAAAAUCACACUGGUCCGUCACGACUACCUCGACGUCUGCCUAUGUCGAGGUCCCGCGUGUAGAAGAACAGAAAACGAAGGCGCCCGAGAGUCACGGUCGCGUACCGCCCCCAUUAUGGAUAGCGGACAAGUACCAGCCAUCGUUUAAUCUCACCACUCCCCCAAAUAGUCCACGUCGACGCUUGAAAAAACGUCGCCCGAGUGACUGUCCGUCUCCGGUUUCUCCAAUAUCGUAUAUAAGCAGUUCAGGCUCGACAAGUCCAAUUUCUGCUAGUCCUGCUUCCACCCCGGCAUCGCCUUCGUUCAGCGUGAAGUCCAAAAAAUCUCGUCGUUUGACUAGACGGUCGACAGAUGGUCGUGUGGCUAGAAGGUCGACAGACGACAGUUGGGUCUCCAUUGAGAUAACGCCAUUCAUCACGCAACGAGUCGUCGAGAUGUAAAGGGACUCCGGGCUCUUCUCUGGCUUGAGAGUUCGAUGUAUCACAUCCACGUCAUCCUUUUGUGGUCUUCCUUUUUAAUUAUUGUGCUGCGAGCAGUUGCUACACGCUCAUUGUGAACGUUUCUUUUCUAUUGAAUACUUUAGUUCACUUUGCAGACGCGCCUGAUCCGCGCUUUUCAUUCAUAUUCUUGUGAGACAGAGUCUCGCAUAGGUGUUGACUCACCGCGUUUAGAUAUAUGUAUCAUAUUGUACAC